AUGGCCACUCCAUGGCCGCUCCUCCUCCACCUCCUCCUCCUCGCCGCCUCACGCCAGAGCUCCCUCGCCUCCGCCGCCGCCGUCGCCGACGUCCUCCUCCAAUUCAAGGCCGCCCUCUCCGCCUCCGCAUCCGGCACCGACGUCGCCCUCCGCAACUGGGUCCCGGGCUCCUCCCCCUGCCGAGCCAACGUCACCCUCUGGUCCGGCGUCAUCUGCAACCUCGACGGCAGCGUCCGCGGCGUCAAGAUCGAGAACAUGAGCCUAGCCGGCACCCUCAACACCGACGCACUCGUCGGCAUCCCCACGCUCCGCACCAUGAGCUUCAAGAACAACAGCUUCGAGGGCACCAUCCCGGACCUGACCAAGUUCCCCGGCCUCCGCUCCGUCUACCUCUCCAUGAACAGGUUCUCCGGCGAGCUGCCCGACGGCCUGUUCGACCGCCUGCAGUGGAUCAAGAAGGUGCACUUCUCGCGGAACCAAUUCUCCGGCCCGAUCCCGAGCUCGCUGGCGCGAGCGGCAAGGCUCCUGGAGCUACGCCUCGACGGCAACCAGUUCCACGGUCGGAUCCCGAACUUUCGGCAGCCCGGACUAUGGCUGGCCAACCUAUCCAAUAACAAUCUCCAAGGACCCAUCCCGAGGCGCUUCAGGAAGAUAAACGCCGACUGGUUCGCCGGCAACGACGAUCUGUGCGGCGCGCCUCUGAGGUACGAAUGCGGGUCUCCGAGGAGGUCGCCGGGAUUCAUCGCGGGGAUCAUCCUCGUCUGCAUCGCCGUCUUAUUGGCGGCAAUCGGGUUGUCGUUCAUCUUCUGCCGGUCUCGGAAGCAGCACAAGGACGCAGGAGGGGCGCUUCCGACGACCCAACCUGCCAAGAUCGAGCCUGUUCCGGCGAACAGGGAGGAGCAUGCGAGCGUGGGCAGCGGAAAGAAGGUGCCGAAGGAGGAGCAGGGCCGGCUGGCGUUCGUCAAGGAUGACAGAGUGAAGUUCAACAUCCAGGACCUGCUGAAGGCGUCGGCGGAGGUGCUCGGCAGCGGCAGCUUCGGGUCUUCCUACAAGGCCAUCCUCUCCGAGGGGCCGGCGGUGGUGGUGAAGAGGUUCAAGGAGAUGAACGGGGCGGGGAGAGAAGACUUCUACGAGCACAUGAGGAGACUCGGAAGGCUCACGCACCCGAACCUGCUCCCCCUGGUGGCUUACUACUACAGGAAAGAGGAGAAGCUCUUGGUCACAGAUUACGUCUUCCAUGGCAGCUUAGCUCACCUGCUCCACGGGAGCAAGGGAUCGACGAGUGUUCCUCCGCUGGAUUGGCCGAGUCGGCUGAAGAUCGUGAAGGGGGUGGGCCGGGGGCUGAGGUAUCUGCACGAGGAGCUGCCGGUGCUGGCGGUGCCGCACGGCCAUCUCAAGUCCUCCAACGUGCUCCUCACCUACUCCUUCGAGCCCAUCCUCUCCGACUACGCGCUCGUGCCCGUCAUGAACAAGUCGCACGCCUCCCAGAUCAUGGUGGCCUUCAAGGCGCCCGAGUGCGCCGGCGGGGGCAGGCCGAGCAAGAAGUCCGACGUCUGGAGCUUCGGCAUCCUCAUCCUCGAGAUCCUCACCGGCAGGUUCCCGGCCAACUACCUCAGGAAGGGACGACACGUCGGCACCGACCUGAACAACUGGGUCAGCUCGUUGGUGAAGGCGGAGGAGGAGCAGCAGCAGCAGCAACGGAGCGCCGGCGAGGUGUUCGACGCGAACAUGAAGGGGACGGAGGGCGGCGAGGGGGAGAUGCUCAAGCUGCUGCGCGUGGCCCUGGCGUGCUCGGAGGCUGACGUGGAGAGGAGGUGCGAGCUCGAGGAGGCGCUCGCCAGGAUCGAGGCGCUCAAGGAACGCGAUGACCACGACGGAAACUGCGUCUGA